AUGAUUCCACCCCAUUUCAUGUUGCUCAACCCAUUUCAAGAUAUCGUGCUUGACAUGGACAGAAUUUACGUGGGCAACCUGCCCUACCAGGCACAACGGGAAGACAUCGAAUUCAAAGUCAAUGGAAUAUUAAUGUCGAAGCUCGACAUGUCGAUAGACCCAUUCACUGGCCGCAAUCCAUCUUACUGCUUUGUGGAUCUGCUCCCUGCAGAUGCUCGUCUCGCAGUAGAGACCCUGGCAGGCCAGGAUGUCCGAGGCCGCCCCGUCAAAGUCAGCUCAUACACAGAGAAGCGGCGAAGGCAGACUAGCAUGGUACAACCAAAGACCUACAGCUGGGGAUGCGCCCCAAGCGACCCGCUUCCGUCCCGCGCAAGGCCACCGAAGUACGUGUUCGACAAAUGGCAUGACCUAGUAGCCAAGAACCACUGGACACUCCCGUGCGAUGAAGGUCGGCGUCUCUGGGUGGGCGGCUUGCCUCGCAUCGACGGUGCCCGUGCCAUCAAUGCUGAGAUGCGAGAUCUCUUCCAAGGCUUUGGCAUUCAGGCUGUGAGCAAGAUCAUACCAACGCAACCCUGGCCUGGAACUAAGUUCGUGCCUGGAUACCACUACUACUGCUUUGUUGACGUUAUGAGCGCGGAGAAGGCUAAGGAGGCGGUGGCGGCUCUUGAUCGGAAGCUGAGGGCAGGGGGUGGUGAGUACAGGGUCAGGAUAGCAGACAGAACCACGCGAUAA